UGGAUGUUUUUGCGUGGCGAUGUUAACAGAAGAGAGACACAGUGGGAGAGAAAGGGGUAUCUGUUCUACUUUGAAUUUAUGGGUUGUUUUUUUCCUGUGUCACUGUUACGGAUGACUGAUGACGCAGCGCCUGUAAGGUUAGCAGCGAGCUAACGCGGCUGUCUCUGAUGCCAACUUGUGCUUGUUAGAUGUUUGUUAGGCCGCUGCUGUGGUCAUUAGCCACCUGCUAGAUGAGCCUGCUGGCUGUUUGUUGUAGCGAAAAACGCCACGCUACGGAGCUGAAACGUGUUGAUGGGAAGAAAAGCCUUUGGAGGACAUGAACCUUUCCCUGUGAUCUAGGGAAAUGGAUUCUCCAGAAGAGUUGAAACCGACAGACCCGGACAGAAGCAGACCUCAUCAGUGUCAGGAGUGUGGGAAAUCUUUCAGUCGGAUCUGUAGCCUAAGAAGACAUGAAGUGACUCACGCUACGGCGAAACUGUACCACUGUGAACAAUGUGGCAGCAGUUUCAGCCAACUAAAUGCGUACAAGCUGCACCUGUACACUCAUCCUGAAGAAACUCUGUACUGCUGUGACCAGUGUGGAAAGGACUUCAGUGACCAGAGUUCGUACAGGAAACACCUUCGUGACCACACCGGGCCAUACAAGUGUGAACAAUGUGAGAAGAGCUUCAGUUACUUCAGUAUUUACAAGAUACACAUGCGCGUGCACACUAAAGAAAAGCCAUACCUGUGUGACCAGUGUCCCAAAAGCUUUAGUUUUUUAAGCUCAUACAAGCGACACCAACUUAGUCACAGUGGAGAGAAACCGUACCAGUGUGACUUUUGUGGAAAGAGUUUUACCCAGUCAGGACAUUUCAGUCUGCAUUUGCGGAACCACACUGGCGAGAAACCAUAUGAAUGUGACCAAUGUGAAAAGAGCUUUAGUGAUCUAAGUAGUUACAAAAUACAUCUGCGUGUCCACACAGGAGAGAAACCAUACUGCUGUGACCAAUGUGGCAGGAGUUUUUCUCAGUUAGGCAAUUAUAAAUCACACAUGCGUAUCCACACAGGAGAAAAGCCUUUCCAGUGUGAACUGUGCAAGAAAAGUUUCUCUAUUUCAAAGACUUAUAAACAGCAUGUGCGUACCCACACUGGAGAGAAACCACACAAGUGCAAAGAAUGUGGGAAAGGGUUUGGUCGCCUGAGCAACUACAUGCGCCACCUUCGUAUCCAUACUGGAGAGCAACCAUUCAGCUGUGAUCAGUGUGGGAAAUGUUUCAAUAGCUCCUACAGCUACAGUCGUCACCUGCGGGUUCACACUGGAGAGAAACCGUACUGGUGUUCACUGUGUAAGAGAUUGUUCACUCGAUCACAGUCCUUGAAGAAGCAUCGCUGCAUUGAAACAGAUGAAGAGACGUUGACUGUGGUUAACAAAGACAUUCAGGUGAGGUGCCUGCCAACAACAGACAGCGACCAGCAACCAACAGAAUAAACUAAGAACGGGACAUGUAGGCAGUUAUAUAGUUUUAAACACAGGAAAGACCACAUCAGGUUUUGGAUAGACGAGUUGUCAUUGUAGGAUUAUUUCCCUGUUGGAUUUGGUAGAAUCUCAGCACCAAACUCAUUUGUUUAAAAUGUUCUGAGGCUGUAUCUGUUGGUCAUAUCAAGAAUGGCAUUGUGACAGAUGGCUGGCUGCACACCACUGGGAACCGGUAUUGUCAUUUCAGGUCUUCUGAAUCAGUGCAUUGAAAUACUUGGGUUUAAUAACGGCAGUGAGGGGAAAAAAAUGCUCAUGACAUGCUCAUAUAAAGUCAUCAGCCAGAAAUGUGUGCCUCUCAGACAGAAACUAGUGUCACUGAUCCUGCUCAUCCUGGCCUUUAUUUUGUAUCUAAGAUAAGACUCUUGAAUAAAUUCUUGGUUGGUUAUUCUAAGUUGUAGAGAACAUUCAUUUUAACCAUACAUGGGCAUGCAAGUCAUUUCUGUGCAGGUUUUAACAGUCCCCGCCAUAAGUACCUCACAGUAUUAAAGUAAUUCAUUUGAAAAAUCAAAGCAAAAAAACAAAUAACAGCAUGUGUCAGCCCUUACUGUGGCCUGUGGUUAAUCUAUUUUCUUAUGCAUUUCUGUUCUUUUGUCUACUGCUUGUGUGAUUCGUUAAUCAUGUUUAAUAGUUAUUCGUUUGUAGGCACUUAUUUAUAACAGGUUGUUAUAAUGUACAGCUCACAACUGGAAACCUUUGAGCCAGCGCAUGGAUUACUACAGAACAGAGCACUCCAGGAAAAUAUAUCAGGACACAACACAGCUCGUUUUACUUCCUCAGAUACUUUUAAAUCUGAAAUUUUUCAUUUGCUUUCCAGAGUCACAGCUAGCCAGAUGUCUGCCAAAGCAUCUGUAUAAUAUUUUUAUGUUUGUACAAAGUGGUCAUUUUCAUUCCAGUUAUACUAACCAUUAAUAUUGUGCAAUAUAACCAGAACUGUAGUAUAUUGUGUAUGAUACUAAUAUGUUGUAUUCGUUGUGAUUUAAUACAUAAACGUAAAAAAUAAACAAAUGCUGAUCUAACAUAUUGAUGUUGGUAUCUGGUAAGUCUGAACAAAAGGUUUGAAUGUGUAAAUGUCUGAAUACCGUCACAAAGACGACCCUAAUAAACGGUUUAAACCAGA